CAAAGUGAAAGUGUUUGUGAGCCUCACCUCCUCAGACCUCCUCAGCCUGACCAUGGUUCUGUGUGAGGACGGCGAGUGCAGCGUCUGUCUCCUGCCGUACUCCAGGAUGGACAGGAUCCCCCGCGUGCUGCACUGCAGACACACCUUCUGUGAGCCGUGUCUGGAGACCAUGUCGCGGGCCACGAGCGGCCUGCUCACCGUGGGCUGCCCUCUGUGCCGCCGGGUCACCUGCGUAGGCCGUGGCCUCAGCCUGCAGGAGGCGCUGUGGGUCAACAGCAUGUUGUGGGACCAGAUACCCGAGGACGGGGACGCAGAGGAGGAAGACGAUGGGCUGAAACAGGAGGCUGAGGGGGAGAGGACAGACGCCACGCAAGAAGUGUCUUCACAAGCAGAAUGCGCUUCGUCGAGCUCCGGCAGAACCAAACUGAAAUUACCCGCAUUCCUCAGGAGGUUCAGUCUGAUGAAGCAGCACAGCGAGAGGAUCGUACCUGGCAGCAACGUGGAAAUGAAAUCGUGGCGCAGGCUUUCUGUUGACUUUUAAAAAGAAGACUCUGCCACAGCUCCGUCAGAGGAGGGAGAGCUGAGGCCAUUGUGAGCGAGGAGCCAUUUGUGUCCCUGUCAAGACAUUGUUUUGUCCUCAGCCAAAGGUCCCCCCGUCCCCGUCCCCGUCCCCACAUUAUUUAUUCCGGGAUUAAUUUUCCCAGCUGGUGCUGUGGGAUUUGCUUCAGCUGUCCCAGUGGGGCUAAAACCCUCAGACCCCCUGGUAACAGAUGGUCUCCUGAGGACGUUCCCUUUUUACUUACACCACUGCUGAAACACUCUUAUUGUAAUUUAUUGUUGUUGUUGUUUUUUAUUUAUAUGACUGCAUGUAGAUAAAGUAUUGAAUAAAACUAUUUUUAAAGAA